ACUUACAGCGCAGAGCUUCUCUCGACGUUUUCUAGUGAAGAAAAACACAAAGUUCCAAGUCGUUGAUGCCUGUAUAGUGCACCAUUUUUGUUCAUUUUUCCCACAAGCCGUGUGUUGUGAUUUGACAUCGGAAGCUUGCGUGCGAUUGGCGUUGUGCUGAGUGUAGGAUGGAUGAAUGCUGCGUGUCCGCGGAGGACAGAGAGUGCCGGCGGAUCAGCCACGAAAUCGAGAGGCAGUUAAAACUCGACAAGUGGGAAUCACGCCGCGAGCUGAAGCUGCUUCUGUUGGGCACUGGAGAGAGCGGCAAGAGCACCUUCAUCAAACAGAUGCGCAUCAUCCAUGGCUCAGGCUACUCGAAGGAUGACCGGCGUGGCUUCACCAGGCUGGUGUACCAGAACAUCUUCACUGCCAUGCAGGCCAUGAUCAACGCCAUGGAGAUCCUCAGAAUCCCCUUCGUGGACGACCAUAACAUCAUGUACGCUUUGAGGCUGAGUGAGGUGGAGGUGGACCACGUGACCACGCUGGAGCAGAAGCAUGUGGAGGCCAUUAGCAGGCUGUGGAGUGACCAUGGCAUUCAGGAGUGCUACAGCCGCAGGCGGGAAUACCAGCUGUCCGAUUCUGCUAAAUAUUACCUGUGCAGUUUGGAUCGAAUCUCCAGCCCCUCUUACCUCCCCACACAGGAGGAUAUUCUGCGUGUUCGUGUCCCAACUACAGGCAUCAUCGAAUACCCGUUCGACCUGGAUAAAACCAUCUUCAGGAUGGUAGAUGUGGGAGGCCAGAGGUCAGAGAGACGGAAGUGGAUCCACUGUUUCGAGAAGGUCACCUCCAUUAUCUUCCUGGUGGCUCUGAGUGAAUAUGACCAGGUUUUAUCAGAGAGCAGUAAUGAGAAUCGCAUGGAGGAGAGUAAAGCGCUCUUCAGGACCAUCAUCAGCUACCCCUGGUUCCAUGAGUCGUCCGUCAUCCUGUUCCUCAACAAAACAGACCUGCUGGAGGAGAAGAUCACGCAAUCACAUCUCACUGACUAUUUCCCUGAGUACACAGGCCCCAAAAAUGAUGCUGAUUCUGCAAAAAGGUUCAUACUGAGGAUGUUCCAGGAGCAGAAUCCAGACAAGGAGAAGACGAUCUACUCCCACUUCACCUGCGCCACAGACACAGAAAAUAUCCGUUUCGUCUUCAGUGCUGUCAAAGACACUCUCCUGAGACACAACCUGAAAGAGUUCAACCUGGUGUAGCAGGAUGUGACUUUGGGGAUGCUCCGCUGACAGCCUGACCACUUCACCUACAGAUUCUUCUCCUUACCAGCACAGAUUGAGCACUCCGCUAAAUCACACCCAUAAAUGAAAGUGGGAUUUGAGAAAUUGCCUGGAUUAUGCAAAGGAAGGUUCCUCAGGGGCUGUGUGGAGAGACCUGCGCACGCAGCUUCUCCUCCAUGCUGAAGCAGUGUGAUCAGGGAAAACACUAAAGGGUUAACCCAGGAAAUAAUGAAGUGUCCUUGUCGCUAGGAUACUGAGCAAGUGAAAAGAUCCAAAACACUGGCUUGCACAUGCGUACUCUAUAACACGCUGCUGCAGUGAGAAUGCAGGCCUGUGUUCCAUCUGUCCUGUGAUCCUCUCCUCAGCUCCACAGCUUCCUGAUAAACAUCUCUCUGUUAUAAACGGCUCUCAUAUGGAUGUAGGGUCUGUGCCUCUUCCAUGUUCUUUGGCAUUUUGGGCUCUUUGUGGUUCAGCACUCUGGUGCUUUCCUUUUUAAAUCGCAUGCAGAAUAUUAGAAGCCAGUUGGCUAUUACCCAUACCCAGAACAACCCUAACCCUAACCUCUGAAAAUAAACAACUACAAA